AGGUCCAGGUCAUGAGCAAACACCUUCCUAAGUAAGUUGUAUCGAUCCAAAGUUUCUCAAGGAGUUUCCCAACACUGGAGUUUUGUUUUAUUGAAGCCGCAUAAGUUUCGAAACUGACACUCUAAAGCCAAAGCGUUACUGAAAUCUAUACUUCAAUAUUCCCUGUAGUUAAAAAGUUAUCAGAGUCUGAAUGAUUAAAGAUCCUCCAAUCAGCGACAUCAUGUCACUACUGGGCACGCCCUAUAGUCCGUAUACUCAUUUGGAUGAAGAAGACGAUUUUCUUCGUCACCAUCAUCAGGAGCAAGAGGACCGGAAGAAGAAUUUGUGUUCUAAGAUACUUCCUGUCAUCAUCUUUGGUUUCUCAGUCGUCCUGGUGACAGUUAUCGUUGUAUGCUUUACCACACUUGGGCUUACGACACCAGAGGGCGGAGAAGGUAAAGAAGACCGAACAUUAGGGCACUCUAGCGCUUGGAAACAGUUUGUUACUGUUCACACUGAAUGUGGAGACUACCAGGGGAAUCUCGAAGGCGAAUCUUUUGUAUUCAAGGGAAUCCCCUACGCUGUCCCUCCAACUGGAGAACAACGCUGGAAAUCCACACUACCAUUGACUUAUGACAAAGAUCGAUGUCAACCGGACACUUUAACAGUGGCAAAAAACUUCGGGUCGCCUUGCAUCCAGUUGAACCCUUACACAAAACACUACGAAGGUCAAGAAGAUUGUUUGUAUUUAAAUAUCUGGACUCCAAAGCUAGACACCGAGGCAAAUCUGGACGUAAUGGUCUGGAUCCAUGGAGGAUUUCUACAGUUUGGAAGUGGUCAUCAGGCUGGACUUUGUCCUUCCGGAAAAUUGGCCAAAACGUUGAAUGUGGUGUUUGUUAGUUUCAACUAUCGAGUGUUCGCUCUCGGAUAUCUUGCUCUCAACAUUUUCACAGAUAACAGUGAUAACAAGGGAAAUUUUGGGUUAUCGGACCAAAUUAUGGCUCUAAAAUGGAUCCAUAGAAAUAUAAAGAAAUUCGGAGGCGACCCUAAAAAGAUAACAGUCUUUGGAGGAGAUGCUGGAGGCGCUUCUAUUUUAGCAAUGAUGACGUCACCUUUGUCUAAAAAUCUCUUCCAAAGAGCUUGGCUUAGUGGCCCUGCGAUGAUUUUUAAUAGAAGUUUUAAUGAAGCAAACAGACAUAACGAAGCUUUCUUCCUAAGAAGAUCUAAUUGCACAGAGAUUAGCUGCUUAUAUAACCUCUCGGCCAAAAAGGUUAUCAAUUACUACCUGGGUAAAGAUGAUCCAUCGUUUCGUAUUCGAGAUCAAAAUGAUCUUCCAAUUCAAGGAAUUUUUCCUGAACAACUUGUUGCUGUAGGAGAUAAAACCUUACCAAAACCACCAUUCGGAGCAAUAGAAUCAAAGGAAAUCGCGGACAUCCCGCUUCUUAUAGGAACUUCGGCUCAAGCAGUGGAAUUCUGGCCAGGUCCUGACGACUUACGUCACUGGUCGUGGAGAAGAUACAAGAAAUAUGUUACAACCAGCUUAGACAGUUUUGGUCCUCGCAUUGCUCAUUUAGCCCUUCAUUUGUACAAUGCUUCAGACACUAAUUCUGGGACUAUUGAAGAACUCUACACCACAAUGGUAACUGACCUUCGACAGACAUGUCCAGUGACUCAGCUAGCUUCUGCCUACACUAAUAAUAUGAAGUCUUCUGUAUAUCGCUACAUAGUUACAGCACAGCCCUCAACAAUGGUAAGCCAACGUAUAUUUUUCAUGUUUUGUAUGUUCUAA